AUGUUUAAGAUCAUCGUUCUGCUUGCCUGUUUGGCCGUUGUUGUCUCUGCUCGGUACAUUGGAGGAGCUCAUGCUUAUCAUCUUGAGAAACACCAUCAAUUGAAGCCGAAGUUGGACUAUCAGCAAGAGGAUUAUCAUCACUCACACCCGAAGUACAAAUUCAGAUACGGCGUUAAGGAUGGGUACACUCACGAUCACAAGAGCGCCUGGGAACAUCGUGAUGGAGAUGUCGUGAAGGGACAGUAUACUCUGGACGAAGCUGAUGGAACUCAUCGUGUGGUUGAUUACAGCUCGAACCACAAGAGCGGAUUCCAGGUUCAUGUGCAGCGCACUGGACAUGCCCGACACCCGCAUGGAGAAAGCUAUGUUAAGAUUGAUCAACACUACUAG